CUCAGUAUUAGAACAACAAUGAGUUUAGCGUUCGCCUACGAAGGAAAUAAUUUCUUUGAUGGCUGGGUAUACAAUUAUUCAGCCACUGAUAAUACUACACAAGGGAAUGUACACUAUUUGGAUAAACCAAACGCUGAAUUACAGAACUUAACAUUUAUAAAUGAGGAUGGGAAUGCUAUCAUUAGGGUAGAUAAUUUCACUGAUGGUAGCGAAGAUCCAGAUUUCGGACGUAACAGCGUCAAGUUAGUUAGUAAAGAUAGUUACGAUAUUGGAAGUUUAGUUGUAUUUGACGCUGAUCAUUUACCCUAUGGUGACAGUGUCUGGGGUGCGUUUUGGAGUUUAAAUGAUGAAACAAAGCAAGACGAUGAAGGCGAGAUAGACAUAUUUGAAGGUGUUAACAGCCAAUUAACCAAUAGGGUUGCCUUGCACACAAGAGAAGGAUGUACACAAGCGAAUUCCACUGAUAAUCCAUUUACAGGACAAGUAAUUUCAACGAACUGUGAUUAUAAGGCAAAUGGAAAUCAAGGUUGUAGUAUACAAUCAAAAGAUGAGAACAGCUAUGGCGAAAAAUUCAGUGAUAAUGGUGGCGGUGUAUUUGCUAUGUUAUGGAAUCAUGAUGGAAUCCAAUUUUGGUUCUUCGGUAGAGACCAAGUACCAGAUAGUAUUACAGAAGGACAAGCAGAUCCAACUAGAGAUUUUGGAGAGCCUCUUGGCUACUACUCAAGUGAAGGAUGUAACAUGACUGAGUAUUUCAAAACACAAAAGCUCGUUAUCAAUAUAACAUUAUGCGGACUGUGGGCAGGUGAAGAAUACAACAAGGAGAAUGAUACAAGAAUGUGCACAGAUUUAGUUAAAGACCCAGAAAAUUAUAAUGACGCAUAUUUCUCAAUUAAGAGUGUUAAAGUUUACAAGAUGGAAGCACAGAACGUAGGAGCCUCAAGCGAA